AUAUGUAAGAGCAAACAUAAAUCUGCAUCCUAAAUAUUUACUAAGAUGCUCACAUGUACAAAUACUCAAUAAAGACAAGUUAAUCUUACCAAAUAUUACUAUUUUUUUCAGGAUAACAGAAGGAAUAAUUAAAAGCCAAACAAUCUCACACUAGAGAAUUUAAAUACAAUCACUUCUAACAGGUAUAUAGAAAUUCAAAUUCACAACAAAUUUUCAGAAUAGUUCAAAGAAUUACUGUGAAAUAUUUUAAAAGUACAGUUUAGUUAUUUAGAAAAUAUACAGCUUGCCCUCUUAGUAACCAUUCUUACAUCAAAGGAUAAAAAUAAAUUAUAAAUAUAAUUGAAAACAUUAGUAAAAUUAUUGGAGACAAAAAGAUAAAUAUAACAGUCAGUAAAACUAAAUGUUAACCACAAAAAGUGUAUCUAAAUAAACAAGUAUUUGAUGUUCAUUUACAAGAGCCACAGCCCCGGAUCUGGUAAGCCUCAAUUGGCAAUUGCCUCCAAGAACCAUGAAUUAAUGACAACCACACAACUGUUGAUGUGUGCCAGAUCAUAAAAACUAGUAUGCUGUUUACACAAAGUGAGAUUCCUGUAAGUAUCUGCAGUGCAACUUACAAAGGUCCUUAAAUGUUCAAUACUAAUCAUACACUAUAAUCACCCCUACUGAAGACUGUGAUUUUUCUUUUAAAAAACCAGAAAAUUACUCCCAAUUUUGCCCCCAAAUAAAAUGUUAUAUAGUGCAGCUUCCAUAUGAUUAGUGGUACAUUGCUUCUUAUAGAUCUAAAUCCAAAAAUCAUACUAAUGCUAAUUAAAGCCAUUGUGGACAUCAGUUUAUUAUCAUAGUCUAAGACAAAAAGAUUAAUGUAUAAUAAUGAGCUAAAAUAAGUUAUGUGUAAAUGUAUAGAUAUGCCCUAGUCCUGGUAUUGCCAAUAUGAAAUCAGUGUGCUUAAGUGCUGUACCCACCAGGCUCUCUGCCCCAUCAGAUCUUUUUUAUAUAUACUUAGGAAAAAAUCUUCAUUUUUAAAAAGAAUUGUCAUGUUCUGGCUUCAUAUUUAUUUUUAAACAUGCCUCUGGUUCUAAAUGGCAAAAGAAGCAUUCUUAGAAAAUGAUGGGUCAGUGAAACUACUACUGAAAAAAAAAACCUUUCAGGUGCUCUGUUUCCAACUAUUUUAGCUUAGCCUAUUACACAAACUAAUGUGGUCAAUUUAUCUUUCAGUAUGUCAUGCAAACCCAUAACUGAAUAAACCAUUAUCAGGUUAACCGUGGCUAAGAGUAUUUUGUAAAUACUCUUUUACUCUGUUUAGAGUAGAGGUUUGUUAUUGUUUCCUAUAACGCCCUUAAAUCAUUUUCAGAACAAAAUUGUUUUGGUCAGAAAUAUUAGGCAACACAAUAUUAAUCAAUCUUUGGUCAUCAUCACCCAAGCCUAUUAUUUUGAGUUAUAUAGUUGAUCCAUGAGGAUUUACUUGCACUGAGUAAUCCAACACACAGGGGACAUUUAAAAUGCUGCCCAUUUCAAUCCCUUAUCAUAAUAACAAUAUGUAUUAACCCCAUUCCUUCUUCUAUGGUCACGAAUAGCCAGGAUCUCCAGUCAGCAUCGAAUUCAAUCCUGAAAAAGCCCAUUGCACAGCUACACCUCAGCCUAAAUGUUGGGUUACUGGAAAUAUUCAUGGACAGGUUAAAUUUUCGGUUCCACCAACCUUCAAGGCUAUUUCAGGCCUGAUAUUUUGUUUUGAAGCAAUGCAUGGUCACAUAGUACUAAUUUUAGGCGGUCCGGAAGCGGCUGAGGAUGUAGGCAGUAAACCGUUCCCAGGCACUGACGGGGGGAGAGGGGGGGCAGCACCGUAAGUCAAGAGCCUAGUCCGCCCUUCGCGGAGAGGUCCCUUUGCCCCUCUUGUGCCCACCCCAGAAGCGGCACCACACGCCCUUCUCACGUUCUCUGUCCCGGAGGAAUAAGCCUCACGGAUCCCGAGCGAGCCUCCCUCAGCAGUCCUGUAAAGCAGCAGCAGCAGGAGCCAUCCGUGCACCCAACAGCGUCGCUCCGUAAAAGAAGCUCGGCGGCGGAGGCUGCUUUCCAUGUUUUCCGGAGACGGAGACGCCCGGGGUCAGGACGAUCGGCGCUUGUUUGUACCCACGGCUCGGCUCCCCCCCCCGCCCCCCGGGCGAAGAAAGAGGUGGGGGGGGGAGGCAGCGAGGAAGGAAAGAAGGAGCGGCUGCAACACAGCAGCUCCAUUUCAAGCGGAGGCGCGGGAGCCGGCGGUCACGUGACGCGAUUCCUGGAAAGUUCUUGGAAAGCGGCCUUUGCCUUUUUAAUCGUUCCGCCAGGAACAACGCAAAGCAAAAUAACCGCCGUGAGGGGGGGAAAAAAACACGGCCGGACAUUCGGGCGAGGCACCCCGAAGCUUCCUCGAGAUCGUUUGCAAUGUGUCCGCCCGGGGGGGGUGUUAAGGGAGGGGGGGCGCUCCACAUACUAUCAGCACGAGAAACCUGCCUCUCUCUUCCCCCCUCCCCCCUCCGCACCGAGCAGUAGCUGCCUCAGCCUAUCUUGAAACGGCGCGGGAGGAAAGACGGGGGCAACGCUCGCCUCGCCAUUAUUAAUCCCAGUCAUGACAUGCAACCGCGUCACCCCACUUUCGGAGUUGUUUCGGGAUCGGCGCGCACCAGGCAGCGAAUCUCGCCCGCCGGCCGCGGCUCCUCGCUCCUGUUUACUUGGCGUCCACGCGUCACAUGAAUAUUUCCUGCCCGGGGUUGUAGGAGAAACUCUUGCAGGGGAUAACCUGAGCUGGCCGGCCCGGCGGCCACUCGCCCGGCCUCUCUCGCAGCUGAUGCCGCGGGGCUCUUUCUCUUUUUCCCUCUCCUUUUGAAACAAAAGCCCUGGCGAGCCUCCCAACGGCCUCUCCGUUUAAAAAGCGCCGCGCUACAGAGACCAAGCAUCCCGCCCUUCUGGAUUUUGCCGCGUUUGCUUGGCGAGGCCGGAGGUAAGAGUUUGGCCGCGCGCACACGACUCUUCGCCCCACCGAUUAUUUCCUAGACAGCAGCCAGACUCUGUGCAAAGGAGAGGAGGAGAAAGGCGUGCGCCUUGGAAGCAGCCGGUCAGCCAUCCUCGAAAUCCCCGGCCAGGUGGCAGCUGGGUGAGGCGCUUUCCCGGCGGGUGCCGCUGCCCCUGGUGUGCAAUGGGGAAGUCAGGACAAUAGGAAAGAGGCAGAGAAAAGCGGACGCCCCUCGCCCAUCCCAGCAGCGAACGGAUCGCCUCUCCGAGGGAUGCUCCUCCGUAAGUGAAGAUUCGGAGCGGCGGAUUUCGACGGAAGCUCUCGCUCGGCCCUGGUUCUCCUCAGAGCUGCAGGUCCCUGAGGGCGGCGGUCAGAUGGGCUGGGGCAGCCGCCGGGAGCUGUGGUAAGGGCCCGCCGCUCCUUGCUUUCCCCCUCAUGCCCGUGGUCUCCGCCCCAAAUGACCCUGCGCUCGGCCGAAUCCUCGGAUGGCACCGACAGGGCUGGGCCCCAGUGGGAAGCUGGAGGAGCUUCGGCGGAACCUGCUGAAGGGGAGCGCCUGGACUCUGCCAUGAGGGAGCUGAGAUGCGCGGGAUGGUAUUGGGGAAACAUGAGUGUGGCAGAAGCAAAGGAAAGAUUACAAGAUACAUCUGAAGGGACUUUCUUGAUCAGAGACAGCUCUCACUCAGAGUAUUUACUUACUAUUUCAGUUAAAACCUCAGUAGGUCCUACCAACUUACGAAUAGAAUUUCAAGGUGGUAAAUUCCGUCUGGAUUCUGUUAUCUGCAUCCGAUCAAAGCUCCAGCAAUUUGACAGUGUGGUUCAUCUAAUUGAAUAUUAUGUCCUUAUGUGCAAGGACAGAAGAAUGGUCUCCGAAAUACCUUCCAAUGGAACAGUCCAUCUUCAUUUAAAUAAACCUCUCUAUCAUUCAACACUGUCUCUACAGCAUCAGUGUAGAAUUGCAAUAAACAGACAUACAAGUAAAAUCCAGGAACUUCCAUUACCAACAAGAUUGAAGGAAUUCUUAAAGGAAUAUCGAUAUCGGGUAUAAGAAUCUACUCAGACUCAUUUUAAGAAAACAGGUCCUAAAUACAAUUUGUGAGAAAUCAAAAUCUUCAGCUGCAUGAACGUAUUGUAUAGGUCAUUGUGAAAAUGGUAUGUUAUUGUGUGUGUUUGUAGAUUUGAGUAGAGGACUUGGAUUUAGCUUUCCACUAUUAAAACUUUGGUGCUCAGUAAAGUCCCUGAUGCUAUUAGAAUUACAAGCUAAGGGAAAAUGGGUUUCAGUGGGAACAAGUGCCUACAAGACAAUGGUUCAUUGCUCUUUAAUACCUAUGCACUCACUUUGUUCUAAAAAUAAAUGAGGCAGUUUGGUAAGGUUCUCUUACAGAAAGUCAUCUUAUAAAAUAUUACUAAAUCCCAAUCCAAAUGAUGUGGCUGUCCUUCAAAAUAACUUCUGAAUAAUGUGGACCAGUCAGUGAUACCAUGGAUACCUUAAAAUAAUCUAUGGUCCUCAUUCUGAGAGCGUAUUACAUUCAUCAGUAUUUUGAAAGAUUAAGAAAGAUUUGCCAAUUCCUAGUGACCAUUUACAGUUGAAUGCUCCCCUCAUAUCAGAAGGGCUAAGAGGAGGGUAGGCAUCUGGAUUUCAGCAGCAAAUGACUAAUAACUCUGCAAUUAGGUCACUGUAAACCUUUUAUGAAGUUACAAAGGGAACAUACAUUUUGGGCAAUAAAUUUCCAGCUAGCAUAAAAGAUUGGCUGGAAAGACUCACUGUCUGAGAUUAUAUCAGUCUAAGGCUCCUGAUUAUGUAUUUUGCACAUUCUUAAUUAUAAUUUACAUAUUAAUAAAUAGUAAGCAUUUAUUUCCUUUUAUUCCUAAUAAUAUAGCACUCGAGUGUUUUCUUAUUAAAAACUUAUCUAGCAGUUCUUCCUGAUUAUGAAUGCAUGAAACUUUUUUUUAGGGGGGGGGAGGUGCCUUCAAGUCCAUGUGACUCUUUGCAAGUAUCUAGUCAAGUCUUGCAGUUUUCUUGGCAAAGUUUUUGGAAAAUGGCUUGCAAUUGCUUUCUUUCUAAGGCUGAGAGAAAGAGAGAGAAAGACUGACCGAAGAUCACCAGUUGGCUUGGAACUAGAACUUAUGAUUUUCUGAUUUCGAGCCUGAUGCCUUAACUACUACAUCAUACUGGUGUUCUUACAAAAGCUAUAGAGCAAUUUUAUCCAUUUUACUCAGAUUGUAAGCUUAGCAUUAUAGCAAAGUUUUAUUUGAACAGUCAAAAUGGGAUUAAAUUUCUAGGUAAGAUAUAAGGCAGUCAAUCACACAUGAACUCUAGUCACUCUGGGGAGCUACAACAAUCUCCUUCAUACACUUAGCUUCCAAAGCUUCACAAGCUCCACCCAAGCUUUCAGUAUAGUCUCCACAAAGCCUCCCUAAAUGGUAACUUUAAUCUGAAAGAAAGGGAAGUAUGAUAUACAUGGGAGUAACCAUGUCAGGCCAGAAACAACGGGUGAGACAGGUGGAAUCAAUCAUUCCUAAUUUAAGGCAAGGUAAAUUAAAAUAUUAUUCCAAA